AUGGAUGUUGGGAGCAUUCUAUUUGCUAUCGUCCUUCUACCCUCAUUUGCACUUGCAACAUCCAGUUGCUGUCAGGCUUUGACGACUAUCUUGGGCACCAAGGUCUCAUAUCCGAAUAGCACGGCAUAUGAGUCAUCGGUCACUUCGUACUGGUCCCAGCAGGAGCAGCUGAUAAGCCCCUCGUGCGUUUUGUCAGCGACCUCCGCUCAGGAUGUUUCCACAGCGCUGCGGGUUCUUGUUCCCAAGUCCUGCAAGUUUGCAGUUCGCAGCGGUGGUCAUGGAGCAAUUGCUGGGAUUGCGAACAUUCAAGACGGCGUGACUAUUGACCUAAGUGCUUUGAACUGGAUUGUUCCCUCCGCGGACAAAAGUCUUGUGUCAGUCGGGCCUGGACAGCGAUGGGGAGGGGUGUAUGCAGCCCUCGACACUAUCGGAGUGUCUGUACCAGGAGGCAGAGAUAGUCCCGUUGGAGUGGGAGGGACUACUUUGGGUGGUGGCUUCGGCUACUUUGCGACCCAGGUUGGUUUUGCCUGUGACAACGUUGUCGCGUAUCAGGUUGUCCUCGCGAAUGGCAGGAUUGUCAACGCGACGAAGGACAAUGAUCACGAUCUGUGGCUGGCCCUGAAAGGAGGAUCAAGCAAUUUCGGGAUUGUGACCAACUUUGUCUUCAGGACGUUUCCACUCGGUGAAAUAUGGGGAGGGGACAUUUACUACCCAGUGAGCACACUUGACAAACAGCUGGAGGCAUUUUAUCGGUUCACAUCCGAUCCCCACUACGAUGUCAGAGCUGGGUUCAUUCACAACUUCGCCUUCACCCCGGCCACGGGUCCUUUACUGAUGAACCAAUUUGCGUACGCGAGUCCCGAGGAGAAUCCAGCCACUUUCAGACAGUUCACCUCUAUCCAGCCUCAGAUGAUGAAUAAUACUCAAGUGUCAUCACUGGAAGCUCUCUCGGUCAGGGCAGGUUCGGUGUCACCGAACUCACGUCAACAAAUCACGUUCGGAGUCACCUUUGAGAACGAUCUUGGCGUGCUGAAGCGAGUCUUUGAAAUAUGGAAUGCGAGCACCGCCGAAGUAUCGGCUAUUCCCAGCAUCCAGUGGACCAUUAGCCUUGAGCCCAUUGUCCCCGCCAUAGCAUAUCAGAGUGCGAUCAAAGGUGGAAAUGUCCUGGGGUUAACAGUACCCCGGCAAGGGCUCGUCCUGGCACUGUUAUCUGCCACAUUCAACCAUUCGCGGGAGUAUCCCAUCGUCAGUGCGGCGGCCGAGCGACUUUCCAACAAUAUCAUCAGCGCCGCGAAGGCAGCUCGCGCCUACAAUCCUUAUAUUGACCUCAACCAUGCUGCAUCCUGGCAGGAUCCUAUCGCGAGCUACAGGGAUGGAUGGGAAGAUUUUCUGCGGCGGACCGCAAGAAGAUAUGACCCUCAAGGCGUCUUCCAACAUCUGUGUCCGGGAGGAUUCAAAGUCAAUUGA